AUGAAUAUAGCAAUUAAUCAGCAAAGAGAACAAAUUAAAAAGUAUUUUAACUUACUGGUCGCAGAAUUCAUCAAAGACCCAAAACAUAAGGAUAUUAAAAUAAUUUUCCAAAACUUUCCUGGCAAGACGUUGAAACUAGGUCAUACUCUGCAAAUAAAAAACGGAGGAGGCACUAAUAUUCCUGGUUCCGAAAGAACUACCAGUUAUCCUAUUCCUUAUCAAUAUAAAUACGAAAUUCAGUUUCUAGCCAAAGGUUAUAAAAAUGAGGAUGAAUUGCGAGGAGUGGUAGUUCAUGAGUUCACCCAUCUUUAUCUCUUUUCUACGAUUGGCAAACAUGACCAUGAUGACCGAUUUUAUUCACAAAUGGAACGCUUGGAAAGAUUGAUCAAAGGGGCAGAAGUCUUAGUAGAUAGCAAUGACAUUGUCACUGACCCCGAAAAAUUAGCCGAAUUUAAUCAACUUAGUGAAUUAUUAAGCCAAAGUUUAGAUUUGGAUGAUUUGGAAAAGAACUACCAAAUC